AUGGUGUACAAUUAUCAAAACUAUGCAGCCUCGGACUUUGAGCAAAUAGCUCUGCUAGGUGCAUUGAUGACGGCCGGUACUAUUGUCAGCGCCGUACUAAAACCGCCGAUUGCUCGGAUUUCGGAUGUGGCUGGGCGCGCUGAAACAUAUGUCGUGGUGGUGGUCUUUUACAUCGUCUCCUACAGCCUUUGUGCAUCUGCCGGGGGAUUUGCGCAGUACUCCGGGGGUUAUAUCAUCUACUGCAUCGGCCAGACAGGCAUGCAAAUCCUCAAUCAAGUCAUCGUCGCCGACAUCACCUCCUCGAGAUGGCGUGGGCUUGCGAAUGGGUUGGUGAAUCUGCCGUUUAUGAUCAUUCCGUGGAUUUCUGCAUUUGCUGUGGACAGUGCGUUGGCAACUAUUGGGUGGCGUUGGGGUAUUGGAAUGUUCGCAAUCAUUCUACCGACAGCCUCAGUGGCAGUGAUCAUCCCACUACUCUGGUUCCAACGUCGCAUCAAGAAAGCUGGCGGCACAGUCCACCAGAAGGUCACCAUUUCCGGUUUCUUGAGUCAAAUUGACCUGGGUGGAAUGAUUCUUCUCUGUGGCGGGUGUGCGAUGUUACUGCUGCCGAUAGCUUUGGCAGGAAAUACUGCUGAUGGCUGGCGAACGCCCUGGGUACCGACCCUGAUCGUCCUUGGUGUUUUAUUCUUGCUGGGGCUUAUCUACUACGAAGGCUAUGUGGCUACCAAACCAGUCAUUCCAUCACGAUUCAUGCGAAAUAUCUCGUUGGUCCUUGCGUUCCUGAUCGGACUGCUUGACGCUUUUGCAUAUAGUAUCACCCACACCUACAUGUAUGCAUGGGCUACAGUCGUCCAUGAUUUUUCGGCGCGCAAUGCAACAUUCCUCACAUAUACCGCUGGGUGUCUUCAAGUCUUGACUGGGUUGGGUACGGGAUUUGUCAUGUACCGGACCAAGAGAUACAAAUUCCUUCUUCUGCUGGGGAUCAUAAUCCGACUCGUUGGUUACGGGUUCAUGAUGCGCCUGCGCGGUGCCAACAAUUCGGUUGCAGAAAUAUUCAUCAUGCAGGUCAUUCAAGGGGCGGGGAGCGGUGCUGUGGGGACAGUUGUCAUUGUGGUUGCACAGGUGGUGGUACCACGGGAGGAGCUCGCCCAAGCCACCGCACUUGAACUUCUUUUCAUCUACCUCGGGAACAGUCUUGGGUCAGCCAUUGCUGGAACGAUCUACACAAGUCUAUUCAAGGGACGACUGCGCUUCUGGAUGGGGCCUUCGACACCAGAAGAAGCGAUUCAAUCCGUGUACGACAGGAUCACCGGUGUGCUCCCUGCUCCCGGAUCGCACGAACGGAUAGCUGUGAAUCACGCUUACUCUGACAUUCUACGAUUCAUGACCAUUGCAGCGUUGGUGGCUUCGGCUUUGCCUCUGAUCAUGGUAUGGCUUUUGCCAAACUUGAAGCUGAGUGAUGAUCACAACCUGUCAAAGAACAUGACGAUGAAAGAUGCAAGUGAGAAGGCUGGCAAUGGCAAGACCGAGACGUGGCUUCAGAAGUGGCAGCGUCGAGUUCGUUGGUGA